CGCCGCGGCGUGUGUCGACCGCAGAAGCGGAGACUCGCCCCGCACGGCGCAACGCACGCUCCUCAACUCGGAUGACAGCUCAUUGGUAACGAGCGACGUGACGCAAAACCCCAACAAAAAAAACAGAAGAGAGAGAGAGAGAGAGAAAAAAAAAACGAACCGGUGGGACCGCCAGGCGUCUCGCGUAUAUAUCCCGACGACUUAGCAGUUGAACGAUUUGAGCUUUUUUUUCCAAAGAGGAUUUACUUUUUCACGCGUUUUCCUGGUUUGGUGAACAAUGCCAGCUGACACUAUGGAGAAGCAGACGGCUUCCCCUCUCGCCGGCGCCCCCGCAAACGGAACACACACGCCGGACAAACCCAAAAGCGCCAGCGAACAUCGAAAAUCGUCGAAACCCAUCAUGGAAAAACGGCGCAGAGCCAGAAUAAACGAAAGCCUUGGGCAGCUCAAGACUCUCAUCCUGGACGCACUUAAAAAAGAUAGCUCCAGGCAUUCCAAGUUGGAGAAAGCAGAUAUCCUGGAAAUGACAGUUAAGCACUUGAGGAACCUGCAGCGUGUCCAGAUGAGCGCAGCACUCUCAGCAGACGCCACCGUCAUAAGCAAAUAUAGAGCCGGAUUCAACGAGUGCAUGAACGAGGUCACCCGCUUCCUGUCCACCUCAGAGGGGGUGAACACGGAGGUGAGGUCGAGGCUCCUCAACCACCUGUCCAGCUGCAUGGGCCAGAUGAUGUCCAUGAACUACCCGCAGCAGGCCGCGUCCCAGCAGGCGCACCUGGCGCAACCGCUGCACGUGCAGCUGCCAUCCAGCUUGCCCCUCAACGCCGCCGCCAUGGGCUCCAAGCUCGGCCCCGCGGAGGCCAUCUCCCCCAAGGUCUUUGGCGGCUUUCAGCUCGUGCCCGCGAGCGACGGACAGUUUGCGUUUUUGAUCCCGAACCCGGCGUUCUCCUCCGCGACAGCCCCCGUCAUCCCGCUUUACGCGAACGCAGGAGUGCCCGUUACGGUCAACGCCAGUCCGGUGCACGGAGGCUCGGGAUCGACCGCAGCGUCUCCGAUCCACGGCAUGACGUCCUUCUCCGUGGGGUCCCAGGCGGUCAGUCCGGUCGCAGUGGGCGCGGGCUCGGAGGGCAACGAGCCCGUGUGGAGGCCUUGGUAGCGCGGAGGACUCGCGUCAAACCAGCUCGCAUCACUUCUCCAGUUUAGACUUUUCACUGACGGCACAACCGACGGUUGUGGGGGGUUUUAACCUGUGACUUUUUCGCUACAGGACGGUAACUCUAACCACUUAAUGCCCCCCUCUCCAUGUAGUUAUCAUUGUUUCGUUUUAUGGAACAAGCGUUGCCUUACUUGGCACAAGUUCUUUUUUUUAUAUAUUUAAUUUAUCAUCUGAUUCCAACAUUUGGAUGUCAGUGAUAAAUAUGCUGUUCUUGUUGAAGAUUUAUAGGAAAAAAAGUUUUGUUAUGAAGUACCUUUUAUGAAAAUACUUUAGAUUUGUACAGAUUUGUUAUUGAUUGUUAUACCAAAGCUGUGUUUUAUAUACGUUGUUAUUUUGUGUUGAAAAGAAAAAAACUUGGGUUGUUGGGUGAUGCCCAAAAGUUGGGUGAUGCCCCCAUCGUUUGAAUAAAUUCCUUUUCAGAAGUUAA